GUGAGGGAAAGUUUAAAGAUACGGGUUCUUUGAGCUUUGACGGAGACUCUUGUUCAUGUACAGUAAUGACCUGUUCUCUCAAUCCCUCUUGAACUAUAACCAGAACUGAGAACUAGUUAAAAAGCAUUGCUCUCUCUUAACAGUGUACUAUGUCUUGAAGAUUCUCAAAUUAUUGGAGGUUGCUUUCACCUGUUUUAGGAUUGCUGAAACCUCUGGGUAUCUCUAUCAGGCUUUAAUCUUACAGCAAGGCUGUAAUUUGGUAUGUUUUAGAUGCGUUGUUUGUACAUGCAUGUACUGUGUUGUUCACUUGGGGAAUCAUAGUGAAGUUUCUGUUAAAUGGAGUGAAAAGCAGACAAUGGUUUGAUGGAACAAUAAAGUAUACAGAAGCAGUUUCCUUACUAUUACAUGGAUCCUCGAAAUGAGGAAUCCCAGCCUGCCUCUGAGUCAUUUAUGCAGGACCCUCCGAAUGGGAUGCAUUCUAAUAUUAGACCUCCCGACCUUAAUGUAUCUAAAUUUAAACCAGUUAAUUACUCCAUACAGACAGGUGAGGAGUUUGCUCUUGAAUUCAUGCUCGAUCGGGUGAAUCUAAGGAAGCCUUUGCUUCCAAAUAAUGAUCCCAAUUAUGCAACUGGUUAUACAGAAAUAAAAGGCAUUUUAGGCAUCAGUCAUACAGGCUCUGAAAGUGGAUCAGAUAUUUCAAUGCUGACCACAGUUGAAAAAGGGCCAAAAGAAAAAGAGUUUGUGAGAAAUAACUCUUCUUUACAUGAAGAUAGAAGUAACUAUGGUUCACUUCAGUCAGUGCCACGAACUUUGUCAGGUUAUGACAGUAGUAGAGGAGUUGUUCGUGGCUAUACCUCUUCUGGAGCCUCCGAUAACUCCUUGAUAAAAAUGAAGGUUCUCUGCAGCUUUGGUGGAAAAAUCCUACCUCGGCCAGGUGAUGGAAAGCUGAGGUAUGUUGGAGGUGAAACACGCAUUAUCUCCAUAAGGAAGGAAAUUUCUUGGCAAGAGCUGAUGCAGAAAAUGCUAUCGAUUUAUGACCAAGUUCAUGUUAUUAAGUAUCAGCUUCCUGGAGAGGAUCUUGAUGCCUUGGUUUCUGUUUCAUGUGAUGAGGAUCUGCAGAAUAUGAUGGAGGAGUGUAAUGAACUAGAGGAUGGGGAAGGAUCACAGAAACUUAGGAUGUUUCUGUUCUCCAUGUGUGAUUUGGUUGAUGUUCAGUUGGGUCUGGGCAAUGUGGAUGGCGAUUCUGAGGUUCAGUAUGUGGUUGCUGUCAAUGGCAUGGACAUUGGAUCAAGAAAAAACUCAACCCUGCAUGGCCUGGCGAGCUCUUCAGCAAAUAUUUUAGAUGUGUUAGAUGGACACGAUGUUGAGAGGGAAAGUAGGCCUGUUGUAGACUCAAUAGGGGUCUUCACUCUCCCAUUGACUGGCACAAUUGUCUCAUCAUCGACUGUUCAGUCUUCACAAGCAAUUCUACCAAGUUCCUCAGAUAUUUAUGAACCCCAUCAACAGUUUUACCAAGGGCAGAUGACGUAUUAUGGAGAGUCUCAGCAGUAUCCUUUGCACCAUGACCAGGCUUCUCAUAACUCCCCUUUUGGGGGAAUUACUACAUCAGUUCCUUCUCAUGGGCUUAUGAAUCAACAGGGAGGCUUGACUGAAGGGCAACCAUUUACCGGCCUACAGGUACAGAAUUUGGAGAUAUCUGGAAAGCAGCUGAGACCAAAACAUGAUGCAUCCAUUCAGCAAAAGAGUGCCACCAAAAAAGUCUUCUCCUCGGAGAAAGAUUACAAUGUUCAUUUACCGUCACAUGAUGUUAACUUGAUAGAUAAUCUUACUGUUGAAGAAGCAGGGGUCUUGAUUACUGCACCUGAAGGAGAUAUACCUUUAUUGGCUUCAAGAACUGAGGUGCAGCACAAGGAAGCUGAAAAAACCUCUUCAUCUGUUGAUGCUGGAAAUCCUGUGCAAGUUCCUAAAUCUAGCGAUGAUGACCAUUAUUCCAUGUCUGGUAUUGCAUUUGCUCCUGGUUAUGCUGAGUCUGAGUCCAGUGCGAUUGAUUUGAGUUACCUUGAAACACAAGUACAUCCUCAGAGAUUCUACUAUUCGGAAAGAAUUCCCAGGGAGCAGGCAGAGUUGCUGAAUCGAUUGUCAAAGUCGGAUGAUUCACAUGGUUCUCAGUUUCUCAUACCUCACUCACGUUCUAAUAUCGUUGAGCAGGAUUCAAUUACAGAAUGCAUUGACAAAUUGCAUGACAGUGAUCUGCCUCCCCAGACUGAACAGUCCACCUCAACAGCAAAGCCGUUGUUUACAGAUACUCAUACCAUUGAUGAUGGACUUGCCCCACUUCAAAAGUACAAAGAGUUCACUGAUGCAAUUUUUCAGAUGAACUCAAAGCUUUCACAGGAUGAAGAUUAUGAUUUGAACCAUGAAUUUGUAAACCAUGUGAAUAAUGAAGAUGCUGUAAAUGAGAAUACUGUUCUUAAGUCUGACUAUGCGACAAACUGCAGUAAGGAUCGAGAUGAGAAACCCCUGGCUGAGGAACCAGGAGAAGCUGGAUCAGAACUUCCUGCUUUGAGUCAGGUAGCUCCCUUCAAGCACCAUAAGAAUAUAACAUCUGAUCUACCGGACGACACAAAGGGACAUGCACAGCCUUUCUAUUGGAUGGGAAGCACAAAUGAAGAUGUUUCUCAAGACAUUCCCUCAGGAGGUGAAUCCAAACCUGUACAGGGAGACAUCCUUAUUGAUAUUGAGGACAGAUUCUCUCGUAAUUUUUUUUCUGAUAUGUUCUCAAGAGCAGUACUUUCUGAAGACUCCUCUGGCGUUAGUCCACUGCAUAAAGAUGGAGCUGGCUUGAGCAUAAACUUGGAGAAUCAUGAACCUAAGCAUUGGUCAUAUUUCCAGAAAUUGGCACAAGAAGGACUUGUUCAAAAAGAUGUAUCUCUUAUUGACCAGGAUCAUUUUGGUUUUUCACCUGCGGUCAGAAAAGUUGAAGAAGGAGAUCAUGUGUCACAUCCUCUUAAGCCUUCAACAACAGAUGGAGUUCCUCAUAGCCAUGUGGAUUCCCAACUCAAUUUUGAUGAAGCUAAUCAGAAAGAACCUGGAAUGCUUGGAGACAGUGAAGUUCUGCAUUCAAAUUAUGGUCAUUCCCAAGUGAAGGGCACUGAAAGUAUGCAUUUUGAUAGGAUGAUGGAAAAUCUAAGAAUGCCAGAGUCAGAGUAUGAGGAGGGGAAGCUUGAAUCCAGAAAUAUUGGUCUACCUCCUCUAAAUCCUUCCCUGGAAGAUUUUGAUAUCAGUACUUUGCAGAUUAUAAUGAAUGAAGAUCUUGAAGAGCUGAAGGAACUGGGUUCUGGUACCUUUGGGACUGUGUAUCAUGGAAAAUGGAGAGGAACGGAUGUUGCCAUUAAGAGAAUAAAGAAGAGCUGCUUCACGAGUCGAUCAUCAGAGCAAGAGAGAUUGACUUUAGAGUUCUGGCGGGAAGCUGAUAUUCUCUCCAAGCUUCACCAUCCAAAUGUGGUGGCAUUUUAUGGUGUAGUGCAAGAUGGGCCAGGGGGAACAUUAGCAACUGUGACGGAGUACAUGGUGGAUGGUUCUCUUAGACAUGUUUUAGUUCGCAAGGAUAGGCAUCUUGAUCGCCGCAAGAGACUGAUAAUUGCCAUGGAUGCAGCAUUUGGAAUGGAAUAUUUACACUCAAAGAAUAUUGUGCAUUUUGAUUUGAAAUGUGACAACUUGCUUGUGAACUUGAAAGAUCCUUUACGACCAAUUUGCAAGGUUGGUGAUUUUGGCCUGUCAAAAAUCAAGAGAAAUACCCUGGUUUCGGGCGGUGUACGUGGAACCCUACCAUGGAUGGCCCCGGAGCUGUUGAAUGGUAGCAGCAAUAAGGUCUCUGAAAAGGUUGAUGUGUUUUCCUUUGGUAUUGUCUUGUGGGAGAUUCUCACUGGGGAGGAGCCAUAUGCAAACAUGCAUUAUGGUGAAAUCAUAGGAGGUAUCGUGAACAACACAUUGAGGCCAAUCAUCCCAAGUUAUUGUGACCCUGAAUGGAGAAGACUAAUGGAGCAGUGUUGGGCCCCUAAUCCAGCAAUCAGGCCAUCCUUCACAGAAAUUGCGAGUUGUUUACGUGUCAUGUCUGCCGCAGCUAGCCAAACCAAAGCACAUGGUCAUAAGCCAUCUAAAUAAUGUAUUGUUUAAUUUGAUUGUCCCAUUGUCAUCUUGUACUAUAUUAGUUGCAGCCUUUGAAGGAUUAAUUAGCUCCCAUAAUUUUUCCCCUCAAAAUGGAAUAGCUUCUUAUCUCAAGUAAAUCUCUCUCAACAUUUUAUUUUUCCUCACAUAGUUCAAUGGAUUUGAGUUAUUUCAUGAUAGAAACACAAAAGUUCCAUUC